CUUGUGUUUUAUGUACCAAACUCAAAAAUCAAACUAAUAUGGCUUCCUUUCGCUUCCUAGUGUUGCUUCUUAUUGUUCUCAUUGUCAUCCCUCAGGGUCUUGCACAACCUGAAUGUGAACCAAUUGGAUAUGGAGCACGGGAUCCUUCUUUUCGACCACGACGACCACCAGGAAAUAAGUUACCGGUGUACACACCUUCGAUGAAAAAGGCGUCGGUUGAAAAACCACCGGUAAAGAAACCACAUGUCUGCAAACCACAGGUUGAGAAGCCUUGAUAUUAGAAGCCGCGUCACCAUUUCUAAGGAAUGCUAUUAAGAAAAUAUGCCCUAAUAAGUGAUAUGUACGUAUAGUUCCUGUCCAUGAAAAUAAGUAAACAAUAUAGUGAUGUAUAUUGGCAAGAUAGGUAUUGCGAGUGUAAAAUGGAGCAACAGAAAAUGGUGGCUUUUGUACUACAAAUUAAUAAUAAGAACUUUAUGGUUUAGUUGUUCUA